AUGAAAUGCUUCUAUAGUUUAUGGACUUAUCAGAAGAGGUGUUUAUCUAUCUCAGUCUAUCUAUCUAUCUAUUCAUAUAUAUAUAUUCAUAUCUAUCUAUCUAUCUAUCUAUCUAUCUAUCUAUCUAUCUAUCUAUCUCAGUCUAUUCAUAUCUAUCUAUCAGUCUAUUCAUAUCUAUCUAUCUAUCUUAGUCUAUUCAUAUCUAUCUAUCUCAGUCUAUUCAUAUCUAUCUAUCCCAGUCUAUUCAUAUCUAUCCCAGUCUAUUCAUAUCUAUCUCAGUCUAUUCAUAUCUAUCUAUCUAUCUAUCUAUCUAUCUAUCUAUCUAUCUAUCUCAGUCUGUUCAUAUCUCAGUCUAUUCAUAUCUAUCUAUCUCAGUCUAUUCAUAUCUAUCUAUCUAUCUAUCUAUCUAAGUCUAUUCAUAUCUAUCUAAGUCUAUUCAUAUCUAUCUAUCUAAGUCUCUUCAUAUUUAUCUAUCUAUUCAUAUCUAUCUAUUCCUGUCUAUCUAUCUAUCUCUCUAUCUUAGUCUCUCUUUUUAUCUAUGUCCCCAGAAAAUAUGUUUAUUUGAUUAUCUCCCUUGGUCUUUGGCCAGUGGUUCCCUGCUGCUGCUGCUUGUCGUUUCCCCAAGCUUUUUCUGCACGACCCCCACCAACUGACACAUGCAUAAAAAAGAGCCACAAACAAUCUACGAGUCCACUUGUUUGGUAUACCAUAAUGUACAACCAUGACCAUAGCUACUCUCAGCAGGCAACAACAACAACAGCAAAACGUAUAUCCUCUCCCUCAGCUACACCAAAAUAUUUCACUGCAGCACAAAACUCAAUAUAA